GUCUGGCAGUGCAACUCAAGAGGCGAAGCGGAAUUUAACUUGCCAAUGACAACGACAGACGCUGAGUUCACACUCACAGGCGACGCCUCCGCGUGCCUUGAAGUUGUUAAGGGCGGCGAGCAGAUGCAUCCUCUCAUGCCAGGGAUCAGCAUAAAUCCGCAGUGCCUUGAAUCGGGAGAGGUCGCCAUCAUUCAAGCAAAACAAGGAGAAAAAAAAGGAAAAAGCUCCGUAGCAGUACACUUCUCGGGUCCAGUAUGGCUAUAUCAAGUCAAAGUAUUUCAACAAGGCUCCUCAGCGAAAAAAUUCAGCAACAUUGGCACAGCCGAAGAAGGAUGGGAAGACUACAGUGGAGAAGCGUUCACAAGCAC